AUGGCAGUGAGCGCUGACGAGACCUACCUCCAGUCCAAUGCCGGUCCCAAGUCUUUGAUGUCGCCAGGCGACGCACAACAGGAGGCCGAACGAUCCGAUGUCUACCAGACACCGCCUCAUGGGCUGAAGGAAUGGCUCUUCAUUAUUGUGUUGUGCUCCACGCAACUUUUCGUUCAAGGCUCCUUCGGAUACAUCCUCAUCCCUUUGUAUAUCGUGGGGCACACGUUCGGUCAGGGACCGUCAGAGGUCACGCAGAUGGCCUGGCAUGUGGGCGGUUAUAGCUUGACGGUGGGCACGUUUAUUCUGAUUGCGGGGAAGCUCGGUGAUCUGUAUGGUUCCAAGCGCAUCCUUAUCGUGGGUUGGGCAUGGUUUGGUGUCUUGUCCAUCAUUGGCGGCUGCAGUGCCUUUACGCAUUCACCAGUGUUUUUUGAUACUUCUCGAGCGCUCCAGGGCAUUGGGCCGGCAUUGCUUCUCCCUAAUGCGCUCGCCAUUGCUGGAAGGACCUACCCACCGGGCAAGAAGAAGAAUAUGGUCUUCUCCGCAUUUGCCGUGGCCGCGCCACUGGGGUGCUUUACCGCUGGAGUCAUCGGUUCGGCCUUUGCGGAGUAUGUCUGGUGGCCCUGGGUGAUGUGGACGUACAGCAUCGGAUGCUUCGUUAUUGGUGCGAUUGGACUUUGGGUUAUUCCACCGGACUAUCCGCACCACGGGAAGCGCGCUGGUGCCCAGUUUGACUAUAUCGGGUCUGCUCUGGGCGUUGCAGGCUUACUCUUGCUCAAUAUCUCAUGGAAUCAAGCACCAAUCGACGGCUGGUCCACGCCUUAUGUGUAUGUGCUGUUGAUUGUUGGGUUUCUCGUUCUGGGGCUUUUUCUCCUCCAGGAACGGCGCGCCGUGGAUCCGGUUCUGGACGUAUCCAUAUUUAGUCGACGUGUUGUAGCAGUGCUGGUGACAACCGGCUUAGGAUGGAGCAGUUUCGGUGUUUGGUUCUAUUAUCUGUUCCAGUUUAUCCAGCAUUUCCGACAUGUGUCGCCUUUGGAUUCAGCAGUGCAGUUCGCGCCAGGAGCCAUCUCAGGGAUCCUUGCUGCCCUUGCGACACCCUAUCUAAUGGCUGUCGUCUCUAGCAGCUGGCUAAUGGCAAUUGCUUGUGCUGCGUUUCUUGCUGGAUGUCUCCUGCAGAGUACGGCACCAGUAGAGCAGUCCUACUGGUUGAAUACAUUUUGGUCGUUUGUCAUCAUGGCCUGGGGGAUGGAUAUCUCCUUCCCUGCGUCCACUACUAUCUUGAGUGAUGCAGUGCCUGUCAAGCACCAGGGAGCCUCGGCAUCACUAGUCAACACCGUCAUCAAUUACUCCAUUGCCAUCGGUUUAGGGAUAGCUGGGACUGUGGAGGCCGAAGUAAGUCAUCACGGCGUGGACCAGCUAAGAGGAUACCGUGCUGCUCUGUGGACGUCUGUGGGACUAGCUGCACUUGCAUUUGGUAUCGCUUUGCUGUAUGCCGUCUGUACAUUCCAUGAGCAACGACCCAACAGGGAGAGCACCCAGGAAGGCGACACUCAGCUUGUGUAG